AGGGAGGAUGGACUAUGCUGGAUUAAGCUCCCUGCUCCAUCUCAGGACUGACCUCCAAGAGUCUGACCUUCACAGGUUUGACCUUCAGUGUUUUCCAUCCGUCCUUUCUCAGCCACGGUGCUCAACACCGACAUCUAACCCUGUGCUAUUGUGGUUCUGUACCAUGUCCAGGUAGGACACCGCCAGCGUAACGAGCAUCCCAAGACAACCGCUCCCAGGCCUCGAGCUCGGGUGGCUCCUGUGCUUCCUGCAGCAGCCGGGCAAGGGAGAAGAGCUGGGAGAGCCCCGUGCAUCCAGUCGCUGCCCACAGCACCCCUAGGAUGGAUUCCAAAGGCAACGUCCGAAGCGGAAACAAACCCGACGCCAAGGCCGCCAGCUCCGGGAAGCCGGAAAAACCCAACCCCGGGCCUGCCACGAAUGCAGACAAGAAGGAGGCCCCCAAAGAGCAGCCAGCUCCUGCCACGGCCACCAAGAAGGCAGGCGGCGACGCCGCCGUCGCCAACAACCACAGCAACCUGAAACCCAGCGCCGCCGCCACGGAGACGCAGGAGGCCGGCGGCCAGUCCCCUGACUCUGACCACAAGGGAAACAGCUCCGAGGAGUCACCGGGCGGCUUCUUCGACAACAUGAAGCCCUUGAUCAUCGUCGGAGGAGUGGCGGUGGCCGCGCUGGCUGUGAUUGUGGGAGUGGCAUUCCUAGCCCGGAAAAAAUGAAGACCGAGACGGGGUGGGGAUGAGAAACCCAGCCCAGCUGUACAGCUCCUUUUGAGACAAAUGCAUGCAGAGAAAUCUAUACAUAGUUAUAUAUAUAUAGAGAGAGAGCGAGCUAGAUAGGUCAACGACAAACACCAACUGCAACUCCAGGGUCUUGUUCAAGACAACUGUGCCAGUCUGACCCGCUGUGGGUAACUCCAUGCACUCAGUGUGUUCUUUCAUGUAAUAUAUCUUGGCUUAUACCACUGUGUAUAGAUUACAGCUUCUCCUGAUCGGUGUAAAUGAUGGUGUCCCCUCCCCUCCCCUGCUGUCCUCCCUGGGAGACAUCCCCCCCCUCCUCCCCUUGCAGUCCCGUUUUCAAGUCCAAAGUGUUCUACGUCCCAUUCGGAGUCCCAGUUUGUGUUUUGGUUUCUGUUUGGUUCUCUUUUAACUUGGGCUGUGGUAAAGAAGAUGGAAGGGCUAAGGCCCGGCUGGCCUGUGAUGCUGGGCUGGGGGUGUUUUUCCAGCCUUCCCCCCCGGGACAAGGGAAGAGGUGCAAGGGCAGUGGCAGGGAAGAGGCAGCUCCCUGACCCAAGAGCCGCGGGCGAUCCCUAAUCGGUGUCUGUGUAUCUGCCGCUCAUCAUCCCACCUUGGAACACCCGCCUGGGAAGCGCUCCGGAGGAACCAGGGCGGCUGCAGGUGGAGCUGCAGCGUGGCAGAGCCGAGUGUGAGCCUGGGAUGCCACAUCAGGUCACUCUUCUGGCUGAGCUGCCAGCGGGACAGUGACCAGAGGGGCUGUGCUGUGGCCUUCAGGAUCCCCGGGCUCGCCAGGGUCACGUGGGCAGCGUUUGGGAUAGAGAGACUUUGUUUUGGAUCUAGUAUUUCCUAAAGUUAGGCUGGGCUUUGCAGGGUGCUGUGGCCUCAGUCCAAGCUCCCUCGAGGUCGGCUGGACUAUUUGUGUUCAUUUUUUUGAGCUUUGGAUAAGGCCUUUCACUGGAUUUUUUUUUUCCCCCCGCUGAAGACUGAGGUCUCUCAGCAGACGGAAAGACAGGAAAAGGGGGAGACAUGAGCUGGUGUUAGGGGCAGAGAGGACCUGGGACCCCAUGAGAGUAACACUGACCUACCCGUUUAUACCAGGGAAACAAACCCCUUUCAAGGGCACUGGAGACUGUCCUGGGUGAAUUUCUUACAUCCCUCUUGUGACAGUAGUAGCAGGGAUUUGUAACUCGUCCACACUUUGGAAAUGGAAACAAAUUCCCAGCCCUCGGGAGCUGCCUGAUUUCACGGGUGAGUACCUUGGCUCAUAAUGCCAGACCUUGUGAGGGGGAGGAGAGAGGGUGUUUAGUGCUUUGGCCAAUGCUCAGCACUGAACAGCAAGAGGUGAGGAGAUUUGCCUCUGAAAGCUUCCAUUAGGCUUCUCUUGGCUGCUGCAAAACAGAGUGCUAGAAAAACCCCUGACAUUUGGGGUUUAAGUUGGGUCAGAGUUUAGAUGAGGUCCAGUGGGAGUUCGGCAGCGGCCGCAGCCCAUGGGCAGGGGCAGGAGUGAUGGUAAGAAAGAGGCAGUGACACAGCGGGGUGAGCUCUGUUACAGAGCCUGUCCUGCACCUUUAACUGAGAUGGAUGGAUGGAUGGAUGGAUGCAUUCUGGGGCCGCAGGGAUAGAGGGAGGUGUGCAUUCCUCAGGUGCUGCCUAUGCAGUGUGUGCCUCUGGCACAUGGGACGGUGUGGGGGUAUAACCUGACCUGGCAAUUCUUCUCUUGGCUCAUGUUGUGUCUUAUUUACCUUCAAAUCUGACCUGCUGAAUGCACAUGGCCUUGGAAUGCAUAGCUACUCCUAUGGUGAGCUCAGAAAAUAUUCCCAAAGGUGCCUGGCCUCUGGGAAUAUCAGACACCGAGUGCUGGUGCAGUUAGAGGUUGAUGCCUCCACCUUUGCCAGCACAGAGACAGGAGCAGGGCUCACAGGAAUUCUGGGCUCACAGGAGUUUUGGAAAGCAGGGCUACAGCUCCAGGUUAGAUCCUGGUAGCCUAAAGCACUUGGCAUGAGCUGUGGAUGUGUCUCCCAGCAGCAGUAUGUCACUUACAGCCUGGGGAAGGCUUGGAAGCAGAAGGGUCCUCCUCUCCCCUCAGAUUUCUGAAGCACAACUUCACAGGAAAAUUUUUGCAGGGAGUUUUGCUUAUGUUGCUCAGAAGGAAGGGAAGUCACCCUCUCCUGCUCUGGUUCACGUUUUGCCAAGUAGGGUAGUGAUUUUCAGACAGUGACUUCUGUUUUCAAGUGAUGUUUCUACUUCUCCUGUCCCCUCCCUCCCUCUCAGCUCUGUCCUAGGAUUGUUUUUAGCAGUGUGUGACGUUAGGCACAACAUUUAUCUAUUCUGCCCUGACCGACACAGAUAGAUCGGGGGAAGAAAAUGAAGCGCCUGCUCCACUCGAGUCUCCAGUUUUACUUUCUAAAAUGUUUUUAUUUCCUUGUCUUCACCUUUGGCAACAGAAGAGGGGAAAAACAGUUCUCAGCCAAUGGCCUUAACCUUUUCUCCGUCUCCAAACCCCGCCUGCCCUUAGAGCACUCGGAUGCAAGGCCACCAAUUUCAUCCAGAAACACCACAGAGGUGAUGAUGGGGCUGCAGCUCCUCAUCGGGGCGCGUCGCUCAUUCGAGCCCUCCCUGCACGGCAAACCCGGUAUGUCCUGUUUGUAAGGGAUUUUUGAACGUGGUCUGUCCUGUUCCCAGGGGAUUUUCCACUUCCUGUGAUCACUUAGCAGUCUGCUGUCCAGGUUCAGCACCUGGAACCCACCUCUUUGGCAGUUUGGUUUGGAAAACACCUGUCUGUGUCUCUCUGUGUGUGUGUGCCUUGAGGCACAUCCUGCGUGUGUAUUGAACAAACCUUUGUGUAGUAUUGCUGCAGUCUGGGAGAAUCCAAGCUGGAGGUGCCCCUUCCUCCAUUCCCUACAUUCAAACCAAGUGUCCGUGAUGUCUUUUCUGUGCCAUUCCCACCACGCCAUGCAGCUCCUGAAUUCCUUUCCGGUCGUGGUUUCUCCUCUGUGCAAGGAAUGUUUGGCUGGUGAGAAGUGCUGAGCGUGUGGUGCGCCCGGAGCCCUGAGCCCCUGCUUCCCUCUCCAGGUAGUCGUGUGGGCUCUUUGCAUUAAAAUGAGGCACUUUUAGACUAUCCUGGACUCUGCUGUAGUGCUUUUCCAAGCGUGGCUCUAGCGUUGAGCCGGGCAGAUCCGGCGUAGACGCCACAGCGCGCCGCAGCCUUGACUUGCAAACGCCUCCCGUCCUGCCUUACCCUGCCAGGCCGUGCAGUGCUUUCGUACUGAGCCAAAAAUGUCCAGCGAGCACCAGGCCGAGGGAGCAAAUCCCCCUCUCUCAGCCAGCCCCAAAUCUGUCGAAGCAGAAGGCUUAAAUGACUGACCUCGCUGCGCUAAAUAAAUAGUUGUCUUUUCUCGUACUGAGCACACGCCGUUAUUUGCUUGAUGUCCUUCUUUGUGUGUUUUUUGUGGUAUGAAGUCCUUCCAAGUGACAUCUCCGUGCGGAGAGCGAAUUAACACUUAAAACUAAUCAGAGUCUGUGCUUGGGGUUUGAAGAGAUCUAGAUUGCUAGUUUACUCUUUUGAUCAAGUCGAUAAAUUAAAUAUUGGCGAAACUGGUUUCGGACCUUUCAGCCUAUCACCAAAAGUCUCAAUUGAAUCACUGCACCCGAUCUCAAUCUCUUUUUAGGGAGUCAUAAAUUUUAGUUGAAUACAAAGAUGUCAUUUUGCUGUCUUGGACAACUCAGUAGAAGGUAUUUGCUGCUUCUAUUUUAAGAGAGAUGAAAUGGAUUAUGCUUCUGCUUCCUCUUCCUACUGAUUUAAUACCCUGUAGAUAAGUCCUGUUAUUCCUAACUGUGCUGCAGCAGGAUGAAAACAAAUCUGGCAGCCAGGGAAUAAUGCACCAGCAUUUUUUGGGAGGGUAAGAACGAAUUCCUGCAGGUGCUGUUUGCCUGGGGCUCACUUAAAGCACUCAACAGUCACUUGCCCUGAAGCAUUUCUCAGUUCCCUCGGGCUGGGUGAUAAAUUAAACAUCCAUUUGUGUCUGAUGGACUGAAGUUUGAAGGUUGACCCGUAGAAUACUGAAAACAAGGGGAAUUUUUCCAUUGGCUUCACCAUGCUCUGGCCUUUGAGUCCUUGUUGGCACCAGGGAUAUGAUCACAGGUCAUCAUAAAAUCAUCUCAAUUACACAUUUAUUUUUAAAUUGACACAAACGUUCCUUAGGCUCAGCGUAAGGGAGUUUUCUUUCUCCGAGGCAGCCCUGCUUAUAGUGGCAUCAGGAUUUGUGUAUGAACAACAGCAGUGCAACCAAAAGCCCCCUGGAGCUGGUGAGAGAUGAUUUAUGCCUUAAAAUAUUCCCUACUUUUCCUGGAAACGCUACAGGGGUUUAGAAUUCAGCACCCUUCUAACUAUUCUUGGAAUUGGUUGAAAAAUAACAGUGCUGAAGAUUGGAGAGGAAAAUGAUUCUUUGAGAAAUAAACCAGAAAAGGAAGGCAAUGAAAAAAUAUGUUUGAAAGGUGAAAUUCUUGGAAUUUCAAUCAGCUCCAUGAAAAGCUUCAAGUCGGUGAAGAUUCUGAGAGGGUGCAUGGAACAGAGCAGAGAAGUGGAGAGAAAAAGCACUAAUUUUCUUAAUAGCUUUGGUAAGGACACACUAACUUUUGUAUCCUCUUCCCUCCCCUUUUUUUUUUUUUUUUUUUUUUUUUUCCUCAGAAAAAGGCAAAAAUGACAAGCUCUGGUGCCAUGCAAAUUAACCUCUGCUAUAAUUGCCUUUUCCAGAUGAAUUCCUGCUGGCUCUGUGCAAUGUUAAAGGGUUACAAAAAUGCCUGAAGUUUUCUACAACCAACUUUGCGCGGUUAAGGGGAAUUGCCAGGACAUUAGGAGAGGCUGUGCUCUCUUUUCAUGCGCUUUGCUGUGACAAGGACUGCAGAUGCAGCCUGCUCACACUUCCAUCCUCCUGGUCCAUCCUUCAUGCUGGAGCAGGAAUGCUGAUUCCCUUCCCAGGCCUUGCUGUGGUAUCAUUCCCAUCACCACAAAGCUGGGAGAGGUCCAUAGAGGCAGGAAGGAGCAUCACAUCAUGUUCAUGAGCUGGCUGCAGUUCUGCUGCACUGGUUGGGCACUUUCUGCCAUGAAGAGGAAUUGGCUUUGAUCUGGAGCAUAACAGUUGUGUAUUCCAGUAAUUUCUCACGUUGGAAUUUGGAAUCAUUCCUGCUGUUUACACUGGAGGUAUUUGGUCCUUUACUCUUCUGGGGAGAAAUCUGCUGAUGCUGAGGAUCUGUUGGCACAUUUUGGAUCUUAUGAGUGACACUCGACUGGCAGCCCCAAAAAGCCUUGGAGCCUGUGCCCCCAUCCAGCAACCCUUGGGAGGGUUCAAUCCACUGAAUAAAGUGGGUUUAUGAUGACUUUUCCCUCUUCUUUUUGAGACUAUCAGUCCAGCCCUGCAACCUGCUUUCCUUUUAAAUUCCCUAAUUCCUGGGAUGUCUGUUCACAUCAGAUCUUCAGCUGCUACAAACUACAGAGUUCUAUUGGUUUCUGAUCUGAUUUGUUGCUUGUUCUUUCCUCCUUCUUUGGCCACUGCCCUGUAUUCCCUUUCAUCUCCCUACUUUCUUCCCAGGCAGCUCUGCAGAUGUGACCUCUCCGUAGCCCAAGGCUGGGGCAGAUUUUGGGUUGGCUAAGGCAGGUUUUGGGUGGUCCCCCAAAAAUACAGGCAGUGCUGGGCCCCCAGACUUUGUGUCACAGCAGGGGAAUACGUGAAGCUUUGAUCUGCCCUCACCUCUGAGGGUCUAAGUCUGCAAGAGGCUGAGUGCUCGUCUGCCACAGGAUUUGUAAUGGAUGACAAAUCCCCAGGAAGGUCCCGUGUUUGUCCUUCCCUGUCAGUCAGGUGUGAGGUGUUCUGGCUGCCAGAGAGAGUCUGACGUGGUGUGAGCACACACAGCACUUGGCUGCAGCCAGAGCUCCCUCAGCCCUCUGGAGCACCAAAAACAGAGGGGAAAAAAAGAGCUUUUGAAGUCGAGGAGAUGUACUUCUGCUGGCCUGGAAGGAUCAGCUGUUGUGCCGGGGGUGAGGGUGCAGGAGGUGCAAGGAUUGUCUCAUCUGAAUGAGCUGAUCUGGUGUCACUGGGUGAUAGAGAACUGUGGGACUUAUGAGCCUCUAAAACUCAUAUUUCAUUCAAUUGACCAUACCAGGCCUCAAAAUCCUGUGAGAGAUCAGAGCCUUUGGCUUUUCAAAUUCACAGUUUGGAUCUACCUUGUGCUACCGCUCUGCUCCCUCCUCUGGGCAGUGUGUGCUCGGAUAUGCAAUACUCUGGGACUCGUGUCCUCUGCUCUUUGAUGCUCUCCAAAUUAAAUAGAUCUUUUUCUUGCUGAAAAGCAUAACUUGGGUUAAAUAGGCUUUGGACUGGCUGUUCCCGUUUCUCUUCUGGUUGUUCCUGGCUUGCAAUUCUCAAACAGUUCCAUCCCUUUUCCAUUUCUCAGCCCCAGCGCAGCAUCCCAAGCAUGAACGUACAGGUUCUUUCUGUCUGCGUGAUGAUGAUGCAGCACCAAAGCUCCCACCAAGACAAGAGGAAUCUUUAAUCACCUUCCCAACAGCCAAGUCCUGCAUCGUAUCCCUGGUUUUGCCACGGCUGUUUCAAGCAGCCUAGCUUCUGGGGCAAGCUGAUGAGAGCAAGGGUGCCACAAAAUUUUGUUUGGUUAAAAACCGACCAACCAACAAGGGAAUAAUUUGGCUUUACCGAGUUUUGAGCAGCCCUUCAUAACCCUGGUGCCUUUUCCCAGGACUGUUUCAACUGAAGCCUUUAAAAGUUGCAGUUUCACCUCCCCGGGAAACCAACUCUCUUCCAGUGGUAGGUGCAGGUUGGCUGUAAGUUUGUGGAAGAACUAAAAUUGUAGGAAGGGAACUUGAAGGUCAGAUUACAGGGGUUUUUUUAUUUUGUUUUUGGUUUGUUUGGAUUCUGUUACUUCUCCAGGGACUGAUCCAAAGCCCUUGGAAGUCAGACUGAAAUGCCUGCUCUUCCUUUGGAAGCCUCAGGCACCUUUCCAAUGAUGUCAGUGGGUUUUGAGUCAGCUCCUGAGUGUGUUUUCCAAACGAUAGGAAUUUUCCAAGUGACACCUUGAUUUCUUCCCUGUACAACCAGACCUGCUUGUCACUUACACAUCUUUACCUGUGUUCAAUAUACAGGUUUGGGUGGGUUUUUUUGAGGUUUUUUUUUUUUUUUGCUCUCAGAAACAAUAUGCUGCUAGAUACAUUUCCUGGAGGGAAAUGGACACCUACCUACACACAAAGCUAUCCAGCUAAUUUAUACCUUGUUGAAUUUAUAAUCUUGUCUAUGCUUCUAUGGACACUUUGUAUGGGCUGCAGCUCAAAUCCUAAAAUAGUCAAGAAUUUUUUCCUUUCCCAUAUAGUAUUCUAUUUACUUUGACUUUGAAAACAAAAAAAGCGUAUAAAUGCAAUAAUGCAGGUAGACUAGAAAUACUAGAUUGAAAAUUUAAAGUAGUUUAGCUUGUCCCAUUGUGACUGACAGUGUUGUACGACACCCAACGCUGUACCCUGACAUUUUCCAGGCUUUCUCCGUAGCUGAAUCUAGUAUUAGCUUUGGAAACCCAUUGUGUGAGUGGUGGGUGGAUGGGUCGGAAUCGUGUGCUCUCUACACACUGUAUGUUACUCACAUCACAAGCUGUAUGGCCACUCCAUAUGCUGUGAAACUGUAAAUGAUUCCCAAAUACACCUGUAACUCUUACCAGGAUUGUGAGAAAUAAACUAUAUGUAGAUAUAUAUACACACA